UCAACCAAUGAAAAUCGGCGUUGAACCGUUUCUGACGUCAUAUUUGACGUUGUUUCUAUGUUAUUUGCGCAUUGUUCACAACAGCAAUCUAAAGCUGAAAUAAUAUUGUUAGUUUUCAUUAGUUUAUAUUAUUACAAGAAAAUAAUAAAAGUAUGGGUACUUGUCUAGGAACACGUAAACCAAAGCGGAACUCUGUGUGUCCGUCCUUUCACGACAGAUCGCCGCGACAGAAAGCACCAGAAGAUAUGAUGAGGGAUCUCGAAGAGGCAAAUGUCGAGGAUUCCAAACUUGCGUCAGCUGGUGUCUCAUUUGUCGUCGAUUUCAAAGAUGGGGAUACGACCAGAAUGCCAUCUAGGCUGGCAGACCGGCUUAAUGGAACUGACAAACAAACCGAGGAUAAUAAUGAGGUAAUUGACUGUAGUGUUCUAGAUAUAACCAGAUCUUUAACAACACAAGAUCCGAAGGAUAGUUUAUAG